ACCACUCCCUUCCCUCCCAACCAAAGACAAAAGGAGGAAACGAUGAGCAAAAGCAAGUGUACCUACAUUCUUGCCCCAAUCUUCGUUGCCUUCUUUGUCUUGUUUGGGACAAAACCAAUCAAUGCUCAAGAAGUAGAUGAUGAAAGCGAGUUCAAUUACGAUCAAAAUAGUGCAAAGGGUCCAAUAAAUUGGGGGAAGAUCAAGGAAGAAUGGGGUGGAUGCAACACCGGGAUUAUGCAAUCCCCAAUCGAUAUCUCCGGAGACAGAAUGGUGAGGAUUAUCUCCCACCCCCAGACCCCCAAUUACAAACCUGCGCAUGCACUUCUCAAGAACAGAGGUCACGACAUACAAAUUCAGUGGUUAGAUGAUGCUGGUUCAUUAUCCAUUAAUGGGACCGAAUACUGUCUCCGUUACGCACAUUGGCACUCUCCUUCCGAGCACACUUACAACGGCAAAAGAUAUGCCCUGGAGCUGCACUUGGUGCACAAAGCCACAGACCCGGUGGUCGAAAAUAAGAUAGCUGUGAUUGGAGUGUUCUACAAGACUGGCCAACCCGAUCCAUUUCUCUCCAAGCUGACGACAAAUAUAACGUCGAUGGCACGUAAGAAGGACGACCAGAGAAGUUUGGGACCGGUUGAUCCAAAAGAAGUUCAAAUAUGCAGCAGAAGGUAUUACAGAUACAUGGGAUCACUUACUGUUCCUCCUUGUACCGAAGGGGUUAUUUGGACCAUCAACAAAAAGGUGAAGACUGUUUCGAUGGAGCAAGUAAAAUUGCUGAGAAAAGUUGUUCACGAUUACGCGGAGCACAACGCCAGGCCACUGCAGCCACUCAACAGUCGCCGCAUAUCCCUAUACGGGCCAGAGUCACCAAUUGAAUUAUGAAGCGAUUUUUGUAACCCGUGAUCGUCUGACAAACAUUAAAGACUCUUGGAACCUCAAUCCUCAUCCUGAUACUGUAGCACCAGAAAGAAAAAGAAAAAAAGAAUGUUCCCUGACGAUGUGGGAUGUGGGAAGACACUCUAACACAAAAUUAGAGU